GCCUUCCUUGUGCAACUUCCGUAGAGGAGAGAAUUUCGGGUGUGAGUCAGUUUGUAGCAUCGCGUGCAAUUUAUUAUUUUAGUGAAAUUAAAAAUACUUUUUACUUCUUUCAAUUGAAAAGGAUAAUGAACGGAACAAUGGCCAUGGCACCAACUUCACAAAAUAAUAUGGAACCACCAAGCAAGAAGUCUAGAGUCGAAGGGAAUGCAACAGACUUCUUGCCAGGCCCUAUAUAUGACCUUAAUCAAAUAGGCCAAGUUGUAGCUGGUCCUGGUGCAAAAUACCUUACAUUACCUGGCAUCUUAGGUGCUGGUCUACCAAAAAUUACAUCAGAACAGCAAGAUACAGUAAACAGAGCGAAGAAAUAUGCCAUGGAACAAAGCAUCAAAAUGGUUCUCAUGAAACAGACAUUAGCUCAUCAACAACAGCAAAUGGCUAGUCAACGGAAUCAGGUGCAGAGACAGCAGGCUCUCGCCCUCAUGUGCAGGGUUUAUGUGGGCAGCAUCAGCUUCGAAUUGAAAGAGGACACAAUUAGACAAGCAUUUCUACCCUUUGGACCAAUCAAGUCUAUCAACAUGUCUUGGGAUCCUCUUACACAAAAACAUAAAGGAUUUGCAUUCGUCGAAUAUGAGAUACCUGAAGCUGCACAACUUGCAUUAGAACAAAUGAAUGGUGUCAUGAUUGGUGGACGCAACAUCAAGGUAGUGGGAAGGCCAUCCAAUAUGCCUCAAGCACAAUCAGUUAUUGAUGAAAUUACAGAAGAAAGUAAACAUUACAACCGUAUUUAUAUUGCAUCUAUACAUCAUGAUUUGACAGAGGAUGAUAUAAAGUCUGUUUUCGAAGCAUUUGGACCUAUUACUUAUUGUAAAUUAGCACAAGGUAGUUCACCUCAUAGACAUAAAGGCUAUGGUUUUAUUGAAUAUGAAACUAUGCAAGCUGCUUUAGAAGCAAUAGCAUCUAUGAAUUUGUUUGACUUGGGUGGGCAGUAUCUAAGAGUUGGUAGAGCUAUUACACCACCAAAUGCUUUGAUGGGACCUCCAAGUGGAACUAGUAUGAUGCCAACAGCUGCUGCAGUUGCGGCUGCUGCAGCUACAGCGAAAAUACAAGCUAUGGAUGCAGUAGCUAGCAAUGCUGUUGCACUUGGAUUAACCAAACUUGGAGCAACAGCACCACCAAUUUUAAAUCAAGCCUUACCAGGAAUAGUACGACCAACAAUUGCACCUGCAACAAUAAUGGCACCUCCAACUGUUGCAACUGUUGCCCCAGUUAUACCGCCCCCAGGUAUUGCCAUACCACAAACUUUAACACGUCCACCUGCAAUUAUACAACCAAUUCCUGGGCAACCAGUUAUUAUACCACCUCGAGCUGUUGUUGCUCCUGCCAUUGUAGGAGCUCCAGUUAUACCAGUAGUCACAACAGCAAAUUCUGAUAUUAUGAGACGAGCACAAGAGCAAGCAGCACAUCAAAAACAACAAGAAGAAUUACAAAAAAAAUUACUAGAAGAAACGGAACCGCAAACAUUGCAACAACAGGAAAAUAUGUCUAUAAAGGGGCAGAGUGCUCGACAUCUUGUUAUGCAAAAACUUAUGCGUAAAGUAGAAUCUCGUGUUGUCAUUUUACGAAAUAUGGUAGCUCCUGAAGAUAUCGAUGAAAGUCUAAAAGAAGAAAUUCAAGAUGAAUGUUCUAAAUUUGGCGUUGUAGAGCGUGUUAUUAUUUAUAAUGAACGACAAUCUGAAGAUGAUGAAGAUGCAGAAGUUAUUGUGAAAAUUUUUGUCGAAUUUUCACAAAUGAGCGAAGCCGAACGAGCAAGAGAUUCUUUAAAUGGUCGCUAUUUUGGUGGGAGACUAGUGAAAGGAGAGUUGUAUGAUCAAGCUCUAUUUGAUAAUAGUGAUUUUUCUGGUUGAUUAGUGCAUUCUCAAUUAUACAUUUAUAUAUCAAAUUCCAUCAAUUUCUACCACAUGGAAGAAUUUGUAUUUGAUGUUGACUGAUAGUUUGUAUUUGAACAAACUUCGGGAUAUUAUUUAUUACCAACUCCUACGAUUAUCAAAGUAUCUCGUUGAUAUUCAAUAAUUGAUUUGUCAUGUUAAUAUCUUCAGAAGAAAGGUUCAUUUCAUGCGUUAAUCACAAUACCUGAUAAUAUAAGUAAUAAUAUUUUAAAAACAUAAAGUUCAUAUUCAGAGUAAAGUUCUCUCGU